AAGGUGGAUUCAAAAUGUGGCCAGAGCUCGUACAUGAUUAGCAUACAACGUUUGCUCAUCAAGUUCUAUCAACUGAAUCACCAAAUAAUAUUUCUAACUGUAAAAUGAAACUCUACAAAGUGUUGAUAGUACUGAGUGCUUUGAUUUCAUUGAACAAUAGUGAAUUUGUGAAAUCAACAUCUGAUAGCAUAGCAGAAUGUCCAUACCGUUACGGACAUGUCGAUUUUUCAACCGGUCGUUUUGCGUCAAAGAAACUCGGAGUUAUUAACAACCCGAUUAGUUGCAUCAGUUUAGCAGGUAAUAAUGUCCGAUGGAUUCCUGGCAAGUUGGAUAAUCAACAAUUGGAAUAUCUGAAUUUGGCUGACACCAGUCUUUCUCCAGUUAAUAUAUCGUUCUAUGCGCAUCCAAAUCUGAAGACUCUGGUGCUUGAUGCAGCCUUUUAUCAAAAUAAUUUCCUGAAAAAUGGCAUCAAAGAAUCGAACAGUAAUAAUUCAGAUCGAUCGCCAUAUUCCCUGACAAUUACACUGAGAUGUCCACAGUUGAGUGACUUAUAUUUACGUUACAAUAAUUUGGAGUCAGUGGAAUUUCAGUCAUGGUCAGACAUCCCUGAGAUCACUCAUCUCUAUUUGAAUGACAACAACCUCAUGUCUUCGAAUUUUUUAACGACAUUUCCAACGAAACUGACUCAUCUGUAUCUUAACAAAAAUCACCUGCAGACGUUUGUGACCGGAUCGCUGAAGAAUCUUCAAGUACUGCACCUAGACAGUAACCCAUUAGGCUGUAUAUGUGCAAAUGCCUCUUGUCAUCGAGGAAUUUGGUUGAGAGAUUCUAUCAAUCUGCAAGAGUUAUCAUUAAGUUCCACUGAGCUGGCGAUUUUCGAGGAACAUGCGAUGGAGAAUCUGACGAGUCUGAAGUACUUGGACAUAUCGAACAAUAGUUUAUCGAAAAUUCCAGCAAGUGGCUUCGCUAAUCUGCCUAGCCUCAUUGUCCUCAAGGCUGACAACAACAAAUUGAAUAGUAUUCCAAACCUAUGCAAUUCGUAUAAAUUGGAAGAAUUGAAUUUGAGCAAGAAUGCGAUUGUUGAUGUGAGUCAGAGCUUCUGCAACUGGCCAAAUUUGAAACACCUUGAUCUGUCACACAAUGAGAUCACUCGUAUGCCAGUUGGAGUCUUCGAUGGGCUACUGUCUUUGAUAACUUUGGAUCUAUCAUGGAACAAGCUCCGUACACUGUCGAGAUAUUUGUUUCUUCCAACAAAUCAAAAAGUUCUUAUCAGCGAGCCGAUGGAGCAGAAACGCCCUGGGCUAUCGGCCGACGAAUUACCCGAAAUUCCUCCGUCAAUUUUGGAGUCACGGACGCCUUUACGGGUUUUCAAAUUGAACAAUAAUCGAUUGACGGACAUAUCAGGUCUAGAGGUUUUGAAACAAUUGAGAGAAGUGCAUUUAAAUGAUAAUAAAAUUAAAAUUGUCAGCUCAGGAAUUUUCGGGAACAAUACAAAUUUAAAAUACAUCAAUUUUUCACGUAACGAGAUUGAUGAAGCUAAGCCUAGAGCCUUUAACAAGCUGCUCUCAUUGACAACAUUGGAUCUCUCCGGGAAUAAGCUCAAAAUACUUCCACAAUAUUUAUUUUCGUUAAAAAGCCAACGGCUACUCCCCAAAGUACCCAUGAACUUGGAAUAUCUGGAUUUAUCCAGCAAUGAAUUAUCGGAAAUUCCUCAGAUAAUUUUCCAGCAUCUGCCACGUCUCAGAACUCUGAAAAUGGCUGAUAACGCAUUGGAGACCAUUCCAAGUCUGUCGAAUUCAUCACAAUUAGAGGAAUUGAAUUUUAGUGGUAAUAAGCUAGCUACCAUCAGUCCAGAUACUUUUCGGGACACAAUCUACUUAAAACAUAUCGAUCUAUCGCACAAUAAAUUGUCAAGAAUUUUUUAUGAAACUUUUCAAAAUCUGAUGGCUCUUCGUGUUCUCAAACUGAACGACAACAAAUUAAUUCUCUCACCUCCAUGCGACUUUGGAAUAAUAAUCGAAUUGAGCGAGACUUACCCUAAACUUGAAAAUAUCAGCAUGAACACCUUCUGCGAUCAGAUAAUACUGAAGGGACUCAAUUUGUUGGUGAAUAACAUCAAUCAAACAGUACCUGAACUGCUUGAUGCGCUGGCCGAAUCAACAGGCAAUGAAACAUUUUUGUCGAAUCUGAAAAGCUUAAAUUAUCUAGAUAUAUCGACCAAUGUGAUAUCUAAAAUUCCUCGAGGGGUUUUUCAAAAUCUGACUGAUCUCCGGGUUCUCAACGUGGCUAAUAAUCUGUUGGAAUACAUUCCGGAUCUAUGCAGCAUGAGAAAUUUGGAAAAUUUGAACUUCAGUCGAAAUGAACUUCACGACAUCCCGGUGCAAACUUUUUGUAACUCAUCGAUUUUAAAAAGUAUUGACGUUUCGGAGAACGACAUCAGCGAGAUCAUAUGGGACGUCUUUAACCGGCUGUCUUCAUUGACAACAUUGGAUCUAUCGUGGAACAGCAUCAAUAACAUUACGCUGCAAUCCGAUCACCGAGUGUCUACUGGACUAUCGAAGUUGGAAUAUCUAGACUUAUCGAACAAUCAUCUCCGGAGUAUCCCUGAGGAGGCUUUCCAGAAUCUGGCGAAUCUCUCCAGUCUCAAAUUAGAUAAUAAUGAAAUGACAGACAUUCCAAAUUUAUGCCACUUUAAAAAAUUAGAAACAUUGCACUUCCGCCUUAAUGAUAUUAAUAAGAUCGAGCAGAAUGCAUUUUGUAACUUGCCCAACUUGAAGCAUAUCGAUAUAGCUUAUAAUAAAAUAGUUGAGAUAGAUCGUGAAGCCUUCGCGACGCUACCAUUAUUGACAACACUUGAUAUCUCAUGGAAUGUUAUCAAAAAGCACGAGCAAUUUCAAUGGGCUUCCAAAAAUUCUCAGGCACCUGUGGUAAUGAUCAAGAUCAGAGGCAAUCCUUUCACACAACUAUAGUUGUUUGAUUAAAAGAAUCAGUCAAAAAGAGUGAAGAUCAUUUUUGUAGUAAUAGUAUAAAUAUUUAUAGUUAUAAACAAACGAAUUGUGAAAUAAACGAGGGAGAUUUUCCUCUAAUUGAAAUAAUUAAUCAUUAAAUUAACCCAAGUUCUUGUAAAUAAACCAGGGAAACAAAUAAAAAAUAUUUUCAAUAAUUCAGUCUGAAUAAUAAUCCCA